AUGGAUUUUUUAGACAGUCGUUAUUUUAUUUUAAAUAAAAAGAUGCUUCAUAUUUUAGGAAUAUGGCCUUAUCAAAAGCGUUUAGAAAGAUAUGCGAUUCGGAGUGUAUAUUUCUUUUUCAUGGGCGUAUCUUUUGUACCGCAAAUUCUUUGUGUAAAAAAAUAUUUUAAAGUGGAUUCGGAUAAAUUUAUUCGAGGUGUUACAACACUGCUGUAUUUAUCCGGUGUGAGCUUAAAAUUAACCAUUGCAAUUUUGAUGAAUGGCAAGAUACAAAUAGUAUACAGCAAAGUAGCUGAUAAUUGGAAGAUGUUUACAGAUAAAGAUGAAAUAAAAACACUGCUUGAAUAUUCUGAAGUAGGAAGAAUGCUUACGCUGGGAUACGUAGUUUACAUGGUGCUGGCUGUAAUAGUUUUUAUCACUAUGCCGUAUCUUCCAGUAGUAAUAGACAUAGUUUUUCCUAUAAAUGGCACAAGACCCAGGCUUUUCGUUCUGGAUGGAGAAUAUAUAGUAGAUAAAUAUGAAAACUACAAUAAAAUCUACAUUUUUGAAAGUGUAUGUUCCGUUGUAUCAGUUCCAAUCUUCUGCACGAUUGAUUCAACGUAUGCUGUUUGUGUCCAACAGUGCGUAGCUUUAUUAGCAAUCGUCAAACUACGUCUAAAAGUAGCAACAAAAUAUACAAAGAAUUAUUUAAGAGAUCACAAAUAUAAUGAUGCCUCGCAACAGUUGAUCAUUAAAUCUGCGGACUUGCAUAAUAAAGUUAUAGAGUUUGCGCAAAUCCUUGAAACUUCAUAUUCUAUGGUAUUUUUACUUUUGAUGGGAAUGAAUUGUCUUAUCCUAAGCGUAGGGACCCUUGUCAUACUAGUAAAUUUGAAUAAUCCAUUGGAGCUGUCCAGAUAUAUUAUGAUAUUUAUAGGGUUAAUGAUGCAUAUGUUUUAUGUUAGUUACCCAGGGCAACAAUUAAUUGAUCGUAGUAGCGCUAUUUUUAAUGAUGCUUAUAAUAAUGAGUGGUAUGAAUGUUCAAUCAAAAGUCAACGACUUUUGGCCUUUAUGAUGCUAAGAUGUACGAAGCCGUGUGAGUUAACAGCAGGAGGAAUAUAUACUAUGAAUCUAGAAAAUUUUGGAUCGCUAGUGAAAACUUCAAUUUCGUACAUAGCAGUAUUUGCGUCGUUCACAUAG